CCUCUGGGAUGGACGAGAUGGCAGUGGAGUUCCUCGAUGAGAUCAAUGUGCCUUUCUUCAAAGUAGGCUCUGGAGACACCAACAACUUCCCCUAUCUGAAGACGACUGCCGAGAAAGGACGGCCCAUGUUAGUGUCCAGUGGGAUGCAGAGCAUGGAGACGAUGCGUCGGGUCUACCAAACAGUGAAGGAGCACAACCCUAACUUUGCCAUCCUGCAGUGCACCAGCGCCUACCCUCUGGAGGCUGAAGAUGUCAACCUCAGAGUUCUAGCGGUGAGAAGAAUUGAUUUUUACUAUUAA